AUGAGCCACGUAGUGACCAUCGAGGAGCCCCAGAAGCCGCAGGUGUCUCAAACCCGGUGGGGCAUAAAGUCGGAGCUAAGGAGCUACAUCCCCUCUAGUCGAGCGUACGACUUUUUGUACGAUCCACUGUUUACUGUGUCAAGUGAGAAAGACCAUGCUCAGGCACAUAUUCAGGCCACGCUGAUUCGAAACAAAUUGAAAAAAGUUCCCAGGUUUAGAGCUAUGUUCAGUAACCUGGUCCAUUAUCCAAGAUAUUCUCUGAGUUUGGACACAUCAGACCCCGUCCCACCUUUCAUCAGUCGGGAAUGGAAAGGAUAUGAAGAGCAACGCAAAGAAGCUGUCCGGCAUCUUGCAGUAUCUGACCCUUCUUUUCAGAUGCCCAAAGAAGUUUAUGAAGAUCCUGAAGUUACUGGAAAGAAUCGCUUUAAAUAUUUUGAAAGGCCUUUCCUUCCGUUUUAUAAACAGAUGCCACUCAAUGUUAUUUUUUCAGUAACCAAGACAGAGCCAUUUACUUUUCCUCCUGCCUCUAAGUACCCAUCCAUCCAUUCAAAAAGUACAGUGGGCACUCAGACUGAUUAUCGGGAUGCUGAAGUUCAAACCGACCCCUAUUCUCCAGAAUAUGUUGUGUGUCAGGAUUCAAUCCCUGAGCUCUUGAUCCUGGCUACUCUUACUUGGGGUCGAGGUCUCCCAGCAGGACAAGCUGAAGUGGAGAUGAUAGAACGGGCUCGAGAGAAACGCAUAUGGGAAGCCACCCUUCCCCCUCUGAGUGACACCACCCAGUUUGAGAAGAGGAGGAGGAUGAUGAAUACGAUGGAGAGGAAGGAGUGGGCCUUCAGAGAAAAUGAAAUUCAAAAACUGCAAGACAUUCGUCUGGAAGUCCUGAAACAGCUGCUGAAGAAGCGUGAAGAGAAUCAAGCUGAAGUGAACAUGAAGAACUUGAAUGCCCAAUGGUCUAAACUUCAGAAAGCAAAAGAAGCAAAAGUGGCAAAAAUUCAACGAACACAUGUAUCAGUCAUCAGAAAACUUGUGGGAAAGGGAAAGAUUAUGGAAGAAAAGUUGAAGAGAAGAAAUAUCACCAAGGAUUAUUCUGAUUAUGCAUCACAGAUCUAUGGGCCUCUGUCUCGCCUUGGUCGCUUCCCGGACAACAACUCAGAGAACUUUGUAGUGAAAAACCACUUUCUCAACACCUAUGAAGGUUUAGUUGAACUUGAGUCAUGUCUCCCAGAUUUUGUGACACAACCCCGAAUCAGACCUCUAAAACCAAAAGUCAUAACCACCAAAACUGGUUUCCUAAAGAGGACAGCAAGGCUGGAACAUGAGUUGGCAGAGGUUCAUAAGGCACUAUUGGCUAAGAAGAAUAAAGUUCUUGAACCAAAGAAAACACUGCGCUUUCUUCAAAGAAAUCCAGUACCUCAACCUCGGCUUCCAACUCCAACCUUGGAAAUGAGUUCCAAUGUAAUCCAAGUGCUUGAUACAAAGGCUGUUAAUUUUCAAGUAUCUCUUUGAUGUGAUUUGAUACAGAUGUUUGAAGGAAAAGAAAAGCGAUUGGAAUUGAUCCAGGAGUUACGCACCAGCCACGCUCUACAAGAAGAUGACAGGCUGCUGAAGAAAGCUGAGAAGCAAGUGACCCUGGCCUUACAGCGGCAGAGGAACCUGCAUGAACACAAGGUGUUAUUGGUUGAAAACCAUUUAGCUGGACUGGAAGGAAAAGCAUUGGCAGACAUGUUUGACUUCCUGUCGAAAGAACUGGUAAGACUGCAGGAAGAGAGGAGAAUCCAUGCCUUUGCCAUGCUGGCAGAAAGACAGCGGCGGAUACGAGAAGCUGAAGAGAGUGGUCGGCGCCAGGUGGAACAAAGACGCCUGCGAGAGGAGGAUCAGAUAUUCAAGGAGGUGGUGAAAGUUCACCAUAGUACCAUUGCCUCCUAUCUGGAGGCCAUAAUACUGAAUACUGAAGAGAGUACUGCAGAAGAACAAGCUAGGGAAGAAAUUAAGAAGAUGGCUGAGGAACUCAAUGACAUUGCUUUUGAAAUGGAAAGCCGUCUAACACAGCUUCAGUCAGAGGAGAUUGUUGCUGAAUUGGUUUACAGUUUUCUGAUUCCAGAGGUACAAAGAGACUUUGUCAAAGAAAAAGUGAGGAAUGCUCAGCGGAAGCAUAUUCUUGCAGCCCAUGACAUAAUCCACAAACAUACUGAAACCAUGGUCAGAGAGAGUUUUGCCAAGGAAGAGCAGGAUGAGGCCUCUGGCUCUGAGGAAGUAACUCAAUAUGAGGAAAACAUCUAA